ACGCUGCAUCGACAUUGUUGUGCUGGCCGUUCCCCUCAUGUGACUUGUUUGAAAAUCGCUCUUUAUUCGACCGGACGGCGAAAUUUAACCUGUUUACGGGUAAUUAACGGGCGCCUGCGGUGACGGCGCCUGCACUCCCGCCUCUGUGUGCCGGGUCAGUACCCACGGGCAGAGCUGGGCGGUUAAUCACCGCGCUGCCGCUGGAGGAACCGCUCAAUUAACGGCUCAUUAGCGAUUUUUUAAUUAUUUUUUUUUUUGGUUAAUUACUUCCCGGGCGUCAUCGCCGCGCCUGGCACGGAAGUGACGCGUUAGAGCCGCGCUGGUCGCAGUGCCCGGUGGCGGCGGCGACUUUGUUUUUUUAACUCAAAUGGGUGAUGAAAAGGAUUCUUGGAAAGUGAAAACUUUAGAUGAAAUUCUCCAGGAGAAGAAGCGAAGGAAGGAGCAAGAGGAGAAGGCAGAGAUAAAACGUAUGAAAAAUUCAGAUGACAGGGAUUCCAAGCGGGAUUCUCUUGAAGAGGGGGAGCUGAGAGACCAUCGCAUGGAAAUAACCAUCAGAAACUCACCUUACAGGAGGGAGGACUCCAUGGAAGACAGGGGAGAAGAAGAUGAUUCCUUGGCUAUAAAACCACCCCAGCAAAUGUCCCGGAAAGAAAAAACCCACCAUAGGAAAGAUGAGAAGAGGAAAGAGAAACGCAGGCACCGAAGUCACUCUGCAGAAGGGAAACAUGCCAGAGUGAAAGAGAAAGAACGGGAGCAUGAGCGUAGGAAGAGACAUAGAGAAGAGCAGGAUAAAGCCCGUCGUGAAUGGGAGAGACAGAAACGGAGAGAGAUGGCAAGGGAGCAUUCCAGGAGGGAGAGAGAUCGUCUGGAGCAACUGGAGAGAGAAAGAGAGAGGAAAAUCCGGGAGCAGCAGAAGGAACAGCGGGAGCAGAAGGAGCGGGAGAGGCGAGCGGAGGAGAGGCGGAAGGAGCGGGAAGCCAGGAGAGAAGUUUCUGCUCACCAUAGAACAGUGAGGGAAGAAUAUGGAGACAAAGUAAAAAUGAGACCCUGGAGUCGCAGCCCUUUACGCCAGCAGAGAGAGAAGCUUGAGCAAGGAGAGAGCAGGAAACCAGCAGUGAAAGAAGAGAAACCAGAAGAGAGAGAUCCUCUUUCUGACUUGCAAGACAUCAGUGACAGUGAGAGGAAAACCAGCUCAGCAGAGUCUUCAUCAGAAUCUGGAUCAGGCUCAGAAGAGGAGGAAGAAGAGUCCAGCAGUGAAGGUUCUGAGGAGGAAGGAGAGGAAGAGGAGGAGGAGGAGGAGGAGACAGGAAGCAAUUCUGAGGAAGUGUCUGAGCAAUCAGCAGAAGAGGUGAGCGAAGAGGAAAUGAGUGAAGAGGAGGAGCGGGAGAAUGGAAACCACAUCCCAGUUGUUACAGAGUCGAGGUUUGACCGAGAUUCAGCGGGAAGUGAAGUGGAGGAGGAGGAGGUAGGGGAGGGAUCCCCUCAUUCCAAUGCCAUGACAGAAGGGGACUAUAUUCCUGACUCCCCAGCUUCCUCUCCCAUUGAACUGAAACAGGAGCUUCCCAAGUACCUUCCUGCACUUCAGGGAUGUCGCAGCGUGGAGGAAUUCCAGUGUUUGAACAGGAUUGAAGAAGGAACAUAUGGGGUGGUGUACAGAGCAAAGGACAAGAAGACUGAUGAAAUUGUGGCUCUGAAGCGACUGAAGAUGGAAAAGGAGAAGGAAGGCUUUCCCAUUACUUCUCUGAGGGAAAUAAAUACUAUUCUGAAAGCACAGCAUCUAAACAUUGUCACUGUCAGAGAAAUCGUUGUGGGCAGUAAUAUGGAUAAAAUCUAUAUUGUCAUGAAUUAUGUAGAACACGACCUCAAGAGCCUGAUGGAAACAAUGAAACAGCCCUUCCUGCCAGGGGAAGUGAAAACCUUGAUGAUUCAGUUACUGCGAGGGGUCAAACACCUUCACGACAACUGGAUCCUGCACAGAGACCUGAAAACCUCCAACCUGCUGCUCAGUCAUUCAGGCAUUUUAAAAGUUGGAGAUUUUGGGUUAGCCCGGGAAUAUGGGUCUCCCCUGAAGCCCUACACCCCCGUGGUGGUGACUCUGUGGUACAGGGCUCCAGAGCUGCUGCUUGGAGCCAAGGAAUAUUCCACAGCCAUAGACAUGUGGUCAGUGGGGUGUAUCUUCGGGGAGCUGCUGACGCAGAAGCCUCUGUUCCCAGGGAAGUCAGAGAUUGACCAGAUUAACAAAGUUUUUAAGGAUCUGGGUACUCCAAGUGAAAAAAUCUGGCCUGGGUACAACGAGCUGCCAGCAGUGAAGAAAAUGACCUUCACAGAGUACCCCUACAACAACCUGCGCAAGAGAUUCGGGGCUCUGCUCUCGGACCAGGGCUUUGACCUCAUGAACAACUUCCUGACGUACUACCCGGCUCGGCGCAUCACUGCGGAGGACGGGCUGAAGCACGAGUACUUCCGGGAGACCCCCCUGCCCAUCGACCCCUCCAUGUUCCCCACCUGGCCGGCCAAGAGCGAGCAGCAGCGCGUCAAGAGGGGCACGAGCCCCCGGCCCCCCGAGGGAGGGCUGGGCUACAGCCAGCUGGGUGAUGAUGAUCUGAAAGACACAGGAUUUCAUCUGACCACCACCAACCAGGGAGCAUCUGCUGCAGGACCUGGCUUCAGCCUCAAGUUUUAAACUCAACGUGAAAGAGGGAGGGGGGAAAAAAACCCCACAAAGAAAAAGAAGCACCAUUCAUGUGAGUGGAUUUGAGUGCCCCAGUUCUGUUCUUCGUGUCAGGGGGACGAGAUGUGUUUGGUUUUUUUUUUUCCCCUGUGAAAAACUCAAACCUUAUCACGGAUUCCAAGGCUCUGUUUUAUAAAUCCACGUGGAGUAUAACUGCUGCAUUCCAUUAGAGGACUGGAGUUACCUGAAAACCCCAGGAUCAUCACAAACUGUGACAAAGGACAACUUGAACUACAGUCCUGGAACAGUUUCUGGUUUCUUUUUAGGUUUUUUUUGUUUGUUUGUUUGUUUUGUUGGGUUUGGUUUGGUGGGUUUUUUUUUUUUCUCCUUGUAAAUUUGUAGAAUUAAAAUACAUUUUCAAUUGUUUAACAGUGUGAAGGAUUUCAUUGCUUCACCUGCAGCAAAGUUGGAUGCUGGUGACAGUAAAUAGAGUUUAUUUUUUAUUUUAAGGGAAUUGUUUGUGUCUGAAUAUAUUUGGGGCAGGAAAAAAGUGCCAGUUAUGAGAUUUCUUUCCUGUUACCUUUGAGAGAAGAAGCCUGGGGUGCACUGCUGAGCUGAAAACUGUUUGCUUUGUUCUUUCCAUGUAUUUCCAGUGGUGCAAAAGAAGUUCCUCUAUUGUUUUAUAAAUCAAAAAAGAUGCAAUAUGGAGACUUGAAACUUUAUUUUCUAUGGAAGUUCUUUUAAUAUGCCCUUUUUCCAUCAAAAGAAGAGCUUGUGUAGUGAUUGUGUAAUGCCACAUCUCAGGACCGACCAGAGGAGGAACUGUGUUGGAAUAUCACAUCCCUUGCAGUUCCUGAUUUAUAAUGGGCUCACUCUGUUCUGGGAACAAGGGAGGUUUGGAAAACACCAAAUUUUCAAGCAGUCAGAACUGGGCACCAGGCCAGGAACAGGAUUAACAGAAAUCAUAAACAUUCUAUCCCUCUCAGUACAUUCUGAAGAGUUCUUCUGAGGGUAAAGGCCUUGGAGCUGGAAGGGGAGGUGCUGAAGUUGGGGUGAGGUUUGGAAGCAGCUGGGUUGUUUUCCCUGUGCAGGAAUGUUUCUGUUUCUGAAGGAGAAACAGCUCUGUCACUGGUCUGUCACUGAAACAUUCCCGAUUCCAGAAGAUUCCUCGGAGAGGGAGCUCAGUAACCCCUUGAAAAGCAGGAGUCCACGGAAGCAGAGCCUGUGUGAACUCAAGGAUUAAACCAUGACUGACUGCAGAGUUUGUAUCUGACAUGGAAUUAUUCCCUUCCCAGCUUCGCCAACCACUCCUCGUGCUCUCUUCCAGCUGGAUGUGGCACAUUUCCCUCAGCCUGGGGGAGGACAGCGAUGGAAAUCACCUUGUCUGCUCCUGGCUCGGACACCUGAGGGACAAGCUCUGAGCACUCGGGGCCUGUUGGGAUCAAAGGAAUAAAUACAGACCCUGGGAAGGGGAUCGGGGGGGAAAAGAUGUUCUGGGGAUACUUGACCUGCCCACGGUGGACUGUGGAGUUGAGUGAGACAGGGCUGCUGUGCCCCACACCCUCCUCCUGAGCAGGAGGAGCAAACGUGAUCCUGGGGCUUAGACUUGGGUAGAACUUCUUGUGUUGCAGAGCACCAGGAUCUAAAACAAGGGCAGAAACACUUGCAGAGUAUUAAACUGCUCCUUUUCCCUUCCCCAGUCUGCCUCCAGUGCAGCCCAGCUGAGCCAUCCUGGUGGCUGAUGCAGUUCUGCUCCUGUUUUCCAGCAGUUCCCAGGGAUCCACACAGUUCAACUGCACCAUCUGACGCUUUUCUUUAAAAAAAAAAAAUGUUGUUUUUUUUUUAAUUCUCUGUACAGCACCUAGUUGAUAAAUUCUUUGUCAUUAAAACUAAUAUGGGAGAGUUUUACAUUCCAGUAACCAGUCUCAAGAGUCUCUUUUGCCCAGGGUGAGGAAGCAGCUGAUGGAGAAGUUCAGUUGCACUACUGGAAAUUAAAUAUAAAAAAAUGCCAAAGAAACAAUUUGAAACAGAACUAGCAGGAACUGAAGGAGCUCAUUCCAGGGCCUUGUCAGUGCUUCAGUCUGAUUCUCCAGGAAUAAGUAGUCAGGAUCCUUUCUUUUUUCUUCACUAUACAAGUGUAAGUUCCUUCAUUAAUUGCAUUUGCAAUGAUGCUCAUGUGAUCUUCAUUUAAGGAUAAAUAACCUGGAUAUGAGUAUUCCAGAAGCUCCUUAUCUUUAUACCAGCUGUCAUAAGAAAAACAACAGAAAUUAAACUACAAAUGUCUAGAACAGUUCAA